AUGAUGCACAAGCAAGAGAGCUUCGGCGACAAGGACCUACUAGCCCAAGGCGACUCUGAUCAUUUCCGAAGCAGUCUGGUGGGUUUCGCAUGCAAGAAGGGACUCAAACCUGUCAGUCCCAAUCAGGACUCCUUCCUGGUAAUUCGUGUUGAAGGCGAUGUGUCCAUUUAUGGCGUGUUCGACGGUCACGGCAAGAAGGGCCACGACGUGAGCAACUUCGUCAAGGAGUACCUCCCCAAGCAUCUCGUUGGUCACCCCUCCUUUCGGUCGGACCCUCGUACUGCACUCCGUGAUGCGUUUCUGGCCACCCAGCAGAUGCUCGAAAUGACCACACGUGACGGCACAUUGGACGCUGCUGUUUCCGGGACUACCUGCACGGUCGUCCUUCAUUUCGAGAAGGAUGAUGAUGAGGCCACACUGUCAGGCGGUCAAUGCCUCUACGUCGCCCAUGUUGGGGACAGCCGUUGUGUCCUCGCCCAGAGGAGCUCAGCCAAUGGAAGUCUCCUUGCUGUUGAUCUCACCUCGGAUCACAAGCCAGAUUUGCCGCUAGAGAGAGCCCGCAUCAUUGCACGUGGUGGUGCCGUUCACAAACGCCCACAUGAUGUCAGCCAUCGGGUUUACGUACAAGGCAAACCCUAUCCAGGUUUAGCCAUGUCCAGAGCACUUGGGGACCUCGUUGGUUACUAUGAUGCGGGGGUGUCGGCCGAACCGGAGACCAUCCGUCGGAACUACAAAAUGAAGAUCAAGUGUGUCCUUGGAUAG